AAGUCAUCGUUAUCGAGUGUUUAAACACAUAAUGCCAGAUAAAUGAGAGAUAUCGGAUCACCGUGCUAGAUAUCUUACAAAUUAAGUUUAUUCGAUUCUGAAAGUUAAUUCUGCAAUAUGUCUGUGCGACCUUUGCCUCCAGUGCUUGCAGAAAAGGCUCGAAAAGAGCUUAAUGAAGAUCCUCAGAGGCUACCCACCGACUUACAACAUAUAAAGGAUUGGAUAGCCAAGCAGCCACAUCUUAAAGCAAGAACCGACGAUCAAUGGCUGACAACAUUUUUACGAGCAUGCAAAUUUAGUUUGGAACGGGCAAAAGAAAAAAUUGACUUGUACUAUUCGGUUCGUACUACGGCACCAGAUUUCUUUCAGCUCACGCCAAAAAACCCGCGAUUUUGGGAGAUUUUGGAGACUGGGUCUUUUCUUCCUUUGCCACAAGUUGCCGCUCCUGGUUCUCCUAAGGUAUCAAUUAUCAGACCGGGAAGAUAUGAUCCCGACAAAGUCACAAUAUCAGAAGUGUUGUCAGUUUCGAAUACGAUAGAAAAGAUUAUGUAUUUGGAAGAUGAUGAUGCUGUGGUAUCAGGGGUGAUGGCUGUUCUUGACUUAGAAGGAGUUACUAUGGGACAUUUCUUACAAAUGACCCCACUACAAAUGAAAAAGAUGACGGUUGUGGGACAGGAUGCGACACCAUUCCGUAUGAAAGGAGUUCACUAUUUGAAUACGCCAACAGGGUUUGAGACUGUUUUUAACGCCAUGAAAGCACUCCUCAAUGAAAAAAAUAAAAGCAGAUUAUAUGUCCAUAAUAAAAACUAUGAAGCGAUGUACGAACAUAUUCCAAAACAUAUGUUAACAGCGGAGUAUGGUGGUAACGCGGGAACUGAAAAGGAUAUUAUAGAUUACUGGAAGAAGAAGGUCCAGGAAUACAGUGAGUGGUUAGAAGAGGAUAUGCAGUAUCGCACUGACGAAUUCAAGAGGGCCGGAAAAGCAAAAACAGCUGAAAGUAUGUUCGGCGCUGAGGGUUCCUUCCGGCAACUUCAAUUCGGACCAAAUGUCAAUCUGCUUUUAACCAUGUCUGUUCGACCUUUGUCUCCGGUAUUGGCGGAAAAAGCACGCUUGGAACUAAACGAAGAUGCUAAAAAACUCGAAGAUGGAAUACAAUAUCUCAAGGAAUGGAUUUCUAAGCAACCACAUUUACGCGCCAGAACCGAUGAUCAAUGGUUGGCUACAUUUCUGAGGGGAUGCAAAUUUAGUCUUGAGCGAGCAAAAGAGAAAAUUGAUCUAAAUUACUCUUUGAGGAGCACUGCCCCCGAACUUUAUAGUAUAAACCACAGAAAUCCCAAGUUUAAGGAGAUUUUGAAUUUAGGCUCCGGUCUCGUUUUACCCAAAUCACUGAACCCCACAGAUCCAAGAGUAGUAUUAAUUAGGCCCGGUGCAUAUGAUCCUGCCAAAUAUUCUCUUACUGAUGUUAUGUCAGUUAUGGGUACUAUAAUGCGGAUAAUGUAUGUCGAAGACGAUACGUUUGUGGUGUGCGGCGGGGUAAAUAUAAUGGAUCUAGAAGGAGCGACUAUGGCUCACGCUGCACAGGCCUCGCCGGCUAUGAUGAAGAAAAUGACAGUUAUUGGCCAGGAUGCUUCUCCUACUCGUAUGAAAGGUUCUCAUUAUUUAAACACGCCCCCGGGAUUCGAAACUAUACUCAACAUCGGUAGAUCAUUCCUCAACGAAAAGAACCGAAACAGGUUGCACGUGCACAAUAAAGAUUACGAAUCGCUGUAUAAGCACGUGCCUCGAGAGAUUCUACCCACGGAGUACGGAGGCAACGGAGGCACUUUCCAGGAAAUUAUAGAUUACUGGCAGAAGAAGGUCGAAGAGUACAGCGACUGGCUCGACGAAGACCUGAAGUACGGCACGGAUGAAGCCAAGCGGCUCGGGAAACCCAAAACAGCCCAGGACAUGUUCGGCUUCGAUGGCUCCUUCAGACAAUUGGAAUUCGAUUAA